AUGGCCUUCCACGGUUUGCUCAGGUUCCACAAGGACAUUCUGUACGAAACCAAAACGGAGCAUGUGGGAGCCGGUGUCCCGGUGUAUCUGGCUGCAGUGCUCGAGUAUCUGACCGCUGAGAUUCUGGAGCUCGCUGGAAACGCCGCCCGCGACAACAAGAAGACCCGCAUCAUCCCCUGCCACCUGCAGCUGCCUUUGUGCAACGACGAAGAGCUCAACAAGCUGCUCGGUUGGGUGACCAUCGCCCAGAGAGGCGUUCUACCCAACAUCCAGACCGUGCUGCUGCCCAAGAAAACGGAGAGACACAAACCAGCCAAGAGCAAGUAA